AUGGUGAAAUCAUACUUUAAAUUCGAGCAUUCGAAUACAUUCGGGCUCGUCGCCUCGGCGUCUUCGAAUGCGGUUUGGGCCAAAGAUGACCAGACCAGCAUUGCACGCCAGACGGGCGCUGGACGAGCCAUUGUUGGCGCAAGUGAGGAAGUUUUGUGCUGGGAUGUGAAGAAGGGAGAACUUCUUGGAAGAUGGCGCGAUUCUGCCUGCAGAGCGCAGGUUACUGUGGUCACUCAGAGCAUGACAGAUGAAGAUAUCUUCGCAGUCGGCUACGAGGAUGGAAGUAUUCGUCUUUGGGAUUCGCGCACCGCCACGGUCAUUAUUUCUUUCAACGGUCACAAAUCCGCCGUCACCAAGUUGGCCUUCGACAACGCAGGCGUGCGCCUCGCCAGUGGCUCAAAAGAUACCGAUAUCAUCCUCUGGGAUUUGAUCACUGAGACCGGUCUUUUCAGACUUCGCGGUCACACCGAUCAGAUCACAUCGCUACAUUUCCUAUUCCCCUCCCCCGAACUGCUCACUGCUUCCGGGUUGAGUGAACACUCAGGAUUCCUAUUAACCACCGGAAAGGAUGCAUUGAUCAAAGUCUGGGAUCUGAGCUCUCAGCAUUGCAUUGAAACGCAUGUGGCACAAUCAAAUGGCGAGUGCUGGAGCUUGGGUCUUUCGCCUGACCAGGGCGGAUGUAUCACAGCCGGCAAUGAUGGUGAACUCAGGGUCUGGUCGAUUGACGAGGCGGCUAUGAUGGAGAUUUCCAGGGAGAAGGUAGGCGCAGAUGGUCGCCGGAUUCUCACAGAACGAGGGACUUUCUACAGACAUGGCAAGGACCGCACAAUUGGCAUCCGAUUCCACCCCCGCUCAGACUACGUUGGAUUUCACGGCUCCGACAAGUCGGUCGAAGUUUGGCGCAUUCGCUCUCAGUCGGAGGUACAAAAGAGCUUGGCUCGGAAGAAGAAGAGAAGAAAGGAGAAGGAGGCGCGCACCGAGGAAAACGGACCGGAAGAGGAUAACGACAAGCCUGAGGAUGCCGCCGCCGCUCCCGUGUCAGAAGUCUUUGUCCAACAUGUUAUCGUGCGAACUGGCGGAAAGGUUCGUUCCUUUGACUGGAUGACCAACAAGUCAAGUGGCUUGAACCUCCUUGCCGCAACAACAAACAACCAGCUUGAGGCCUACAACAUUGUGCCAGCGAACAAGAAGAACACGGACAGCGAGGAUCCGGACUACACUCGGAGUUUGGCAGUGGACAUUCCUGGUCAUCGAACAGAUAUCCGGUCGAUUGCAUUGAGCUCCGACGACCGAAUGCUUGCCUCUGCUUCGAAUGGCACUCUGAAGAUUUGGAACGUUCGUACGGAAAGUUGUCUACGAACACUCGAGUGUGGAUAUUCCCUGUGUUCCGCAUUCCUUCCUGGUGAUAAGAUUGUGGUGGUUGGUAACAAGAAUGGAGAACUCGAAGUGUUUGAUAUCGCAUCCUCGACAUUGCUCGACACUAUUAAAGCCCACGACGGACCGGUGUGGUCACUUCACGUGCACCCAGAUGGCAAGUCUAUGGUCAGUGGAAGCGCAGAUAAGACAGCCAAGUUUUGGAAUUUCCAGGUUGUCCAGGAGGAGAUCCCGGGAACCAAACGUACCACUCCCCGCCUCAAGCUGGCACACACAAGGACGCUGAAGACAACACUGUGA